AUGAAGUUCACUGCCCUCACCACCCUCUUCGCCGCCGGCCUCACCUCCGCCGCGCCCGCGCCCAAUGCCACCCCCUCGCCCUCGACUACCACCGACGUCAAGGCCUUCGGCCUCAUGAGCCUCCGCUCCGCCAGCCCCAUCCACUUCGGCACCGUCAGCGCCAGCAAGAGCAACCUCUUGAUCAACCUGCCCGAGGAGGCGCAGGACGCCACCUGCGACGCCAACGUCACCAACAACGGUGCCACCUUUUCCCUGCGCGACGGCGCCCUCUUCCUCUACAACAAGGACACGGACGAGGAGCAGCAGGUCUGGGUCGACCGCUCCGGCAUGGGCCAGGGCAACGUCGGCUACCUCUCCGGCGGCCAGGGCUUCCCCCGCAACGCCGAGCUGACCGGCUGGACAUCGACGGACAAGGGCGACUAUAGCUACCUCAACUUCAACGGCGCCGGCCUCAUCGCCUGCCCCGCCAUUCCCGAGGGUUCGUGGUCCAUCUGGGUCAACGCGGGCGUCACCAACCCCGGUGGCAGCGAGGGCUGCCUUGGCUUCAACGCCAUGGUCCUGCCCACCGAGGAGCCCGUCAGCUGCACCUACUCGUAA